AUGGCUUUGAUCUGGGGUGGGAUUAGAACUGACAUGACCGUGGCAAGCAAUGUUGCCUCUUAUUUCAACAAAGUUACCAAUAUGAUCAAAGACAUUGGCCAGGUGAGCCCUACCUACCGGGAGCUUGGUCAGCUUUACCCUGGACAUCUCGGUCUUCAGCAGUCAUUGUGUGAAUACUAUGCUGGCAUAAUUGAGCUAUGUAGUAAGGUUAUUGAAGUGUCUCGCCGGAAAUCACCCAUGCAAGCCAUCUCGGCGAUUUGGACUCCUUUUGAGACCGAAUUCAGCCCAUUUUUGGAUCGCAUUGGCAAAUAUAGGGAGCUGAUAGGCUUACAGAUCAAUAUUGCAUUAUCAUUUGCCUCAAAGCUCCUCACAGGUUUGGCUCACCAACAGGAAGUGGCGAGGCAGUGGCAGAUCAAUAAGAUGAGACGAGAAGCCGCGGCCCUAAAGAUCAAAAUUCAACAGGGCCUGUGCCCUGUUGAUCAUAUCCAACCGUGGAAACGGAUUGUCAAGCAGCGGGUCCAUUCAACUGCCGAUUGGUUGCUACAUGAAGACGCUCUUAUUAAAUGGCAUACUACUCCUGCCACAUCGAUCCUUUGGUGUACAGGAACGAUGGGUAUGGGAAAGACUGUCCUGAUGUCUAAUGUGGUACCCUUUCUCCAUUUGUCCCGCCGUGAUAAUGAUUCUGUGGCGCAUUUCUUCUGUCAAACAGAAAAUGAGCAAUCCCUUUUGGCUAGAAAUAUCUUUGGUAGCCUAUGUGGUCAGUUACUUCAUUCUGUAAUUGAGGCAAGUAGUCACGAAGACCUGCUUUCCAUGCAGAAUGGGAAUAAGUGUGAGCCGACUCAAAUUCGGGAGAUUGCUUGGGCUCUGGAAAAAAUCCUUCAGGGAAAUGCUGGAACGUUGACAUUGUAG